AUGGGCCUCGUUCCCUCCCGGGAGUCUCUCUAUGAGACCCCGGAAGCCGCCUCGCAGCCGCGCGCACUGCCCUUCAUCAGCCGCGCUGCGGAGAACUACAUGUACAAGACAAACCGCACGGAACGUGUUUUUGGGUCUGGCGCAGCUUCUGGCUCGCUUGGAGGCGAGCCGAUACCGGCGGCGUUGCUGAAUGGUGUCCCAACCGCCGAACUCGCGCUCAAGAUCCUUGAGGCUGACUCGAACGCUGUAUUCAUCGACGACCCUGCAGAGGCGACCGCGGCGGUAGCUGCGAGCCGUGGAAGUCGUCGAGGCUCUGCCAAAGGUGCUGAGUCACAGAGCCGAGGCCGCGGCUCUGGCACCUCGGCAUUUGAGACCGCCGCAGGAGAGGCACUCAGGCAAGGCAAGACGCCGUACGUGUACUAUUAUGAACACCGCGUACUUCCUCUCACCACGGAGUUCUUUCCCUCCCCGGAUUGUGUGCUCUUCCGCCAGUUGUGGCAUGCACGACAGCAUCAAAACCCGCGGUACCACUUCCAACUCGAUCACACGUGGUCGCCGGGGGCCCUGACAGACCCGACGGUGGCGUAUGAGUCCUUUACGGAGCUGGCGAUGCAUAACAUGAUGGACAUUCAGGCGGCCUGCUUGUCAGCAGGGCAGCCCGUGACGGAGGAGAACCUUGAACGAGCGCGAGCACAACUGCAAGCAGCGUUGUCAUCCUUGAGUGACAGCGACAUCGGUAUAGGGUGCCGCAGCGCUGCAUCCACAGCGUCUCAGCGCACUCGUGUACCGUUUGCCACGCGCGACGAGUUUUACAACCUCGUCGUCCGCACAACAGAGGAAUCGAGGAUAUACGACACGAAUGAGGAGCUGCGCGCCGCCGUCUGCGGUGCUGCCACUUCUGAUGGGGCGGUGUGUGCCCAUGCCAGUAUUGCUGAUAGGGAGCUCACAGCACAAGAAAGCAGCAGGGCUGAAAGAGAGCGCCACCGCCUGCGUCCUGUGCCAUGCGCCAUUGUGCUUGUGCGUCGCUGCAUGCCUGCGCAUGAGUACCGGUACACGUACUUCGUGGCGAACAAUGAGCGUCAUCACAAGACAGGCGCCAGCGCUGCGGGAGGUUCUAGUCGCCGUCGAGGGCUAGCCAGUACAUGUGGAACAGGCGAAGUACACCAGCAGCAGCGGGAACCGCACUCAACGUUGGCGUGCGGUGACAGUGUGCGCACGGCUGUGAAGGAAUCAGACUUAGUCGACCGAACGCGUCAGAGUGAAUUUGGCGAUAAAGAGCUGAUGGUGCCGUGGGUGCAGGUCAGCGUACCGCAAGCUCCGCUUGGCCUUGCCGAGCUGCGGGUGGUGGGCAUGUACGGUUGUUGGACAGUAGAGGAGAUUCUGCGACACUCUCUCUUUACCCCGACGGUGUGCGUCACCGCUGACUGUGAUGAGGUGGCAGGCGCUGUCGUAACGCAGAGUUUGCUAGCGCGAGAGGCACAGGUGGAGAAGGCGCUGCGUCGUGCCGCGCCGCAUGGUGUCCCCUCGUCGACGCUGGUGAACACCGCCUUCUUUGAGAAGCAGGUGGGCGACAAGGAGCAGUGCCACACGUACUUUGCGCUAUGCCGCCUCUUUGCUCACGGAAUGCGGCAGUGCAUCCUGGGUGACACACCCAACAAAGUGGAGGUGACGAGCACGGCAGGCCACGCUGCGUCCGAGCGUGCCUCCGCGGAAGAGGAGCUGUCCGAUGAACCAUCACAACAGACGGACGGGGCGGCGGCGGCGCGUCAGCGAGCAGACCCGGGCUGGGAAGCCUUCAUGGACUUCCUCUCAGGGGGUGCGUCGGCGAUGUCGACUCGCGGUGACCUCGCUAACUGUUUUCUUAUUCGCUUUUCAAACAUACCGCAGCUGCAGUUGUGCCGGCAGAUCCGUCGCAUGCUGAUGGAGCUGCAAGACAUGUACCCGGCCGCGCCGACACUGGAGGUCUUCCAGGCAGCGCAGCGCCAGCGAAACAUGGCGGCCAUGUCAAAGAAGACCGACGCUAGCGAUGGCGCAGGUGUCGGAGGUGUUCAAGGAGGAAACCAAAGUGCUCAUCAAGGUUCACCGCUGGAAGAUCGAAGCAGCGGUGAAGGCACUACUGCACCGUGGAGCCUCCAGGAAGCAAGCAGAACCUCGCUGACCGACAACACCGGCGCGCAGCCGUCUGCUGCCAUGGAGACAGAUGACGAGCUGCAGCUGGAAGCCGCCACUGUUGUUAAACGGAAUCACAAGCCUGUAGCCCUGCCGCUGUCGCUCGACCCUGAAGCGCUCGCCGAGCGUCCACACCAGUUAUGUGAGAGAGAUCGGCUGGAGCGGGACGGAUUUUGCUGUUACACGUCGUACGGCUUGGUCGUGUUCCGACUCAGUCGGGUCGCAGUAGCUCGCGCUCUGAACCAGCUGAGCUUUGCCCCCCUGCGUGACUCUGUCGAGGCGCUCUGUGUUACGCUGACAGCUGCCGCACCGCCUCCGCUGACUUACCGUGGUGAGCUGCGACCGCCAGCAGGGCUGCGAACGCAGAUGGUGGAGGUGGCAGAACGGGAUGUGUGCAGCUCAAGCAAGACGGCGGUGGGCAGUGAUGGGGAGGAGCGAGGCAGCGCUUGCCUCAGCGCUGUGGCGUACUCCCCAGAAGCUCUUGCAAACACGUACCACAAUGCAAUGCGGUAUUCGUCCUCCAGCACGACUGGCUUCUCGAUGGAGCCGGUGUGGCCAAUGAAGAUGGACAACGUUUCCUGGGCGACCCACGCGACAGCGCUCGAGGACACGCCUGAUGAGCUGAUUGGAGUCCUUCCCCGCAACGCGAUUGAGCAGCGCCGCGGCCGCUUGCUUCCAUUCUGUGGUGUCGUCAAGGCAGAGAGCGAGGCGGUGACCACAAAUGGUGCUCGCAACCCCUCAGCCGUGCAUCAGGGCUGCAGCUCCGGCCCCUCUGCGCUGCUACAACCCCAUCCGAAGCGACCCAAUCCGCCAUCGUCGUCUUUACUGCCCACGUCUGUGCUGCUUCAGAGGGAUGUGUACACGGUCUCUGCCGAGCUCAACGGCACGCCAUUUCGUGAAGUGAUGGAGUUGGUGCACCAGGAGCAGCAGCAACUCCGGCAGUCGGCUUAUGACGACUCACAGGAGAGAACGCCACGCUUCAUAAUCGAAGCGGUGGAUUCCCAAGGCAAUGUUGAGCCGGACAGCGUGCUGAACUGGAGCCCGAUGGCAGCGCUCGGCUCUCUGAGGUGGAAGCGGGCCUUGACGGCGGCAGGGUGCGGGAAUGCUGGGGCCAGUGAAGGUUGCAUCUGUGCCGCUGCCGAGACGGUUGCCAUGCAAAGCGUGCCGCCAAUAUCGCUACAUACACCGAGGUCGCAACGGGUCGUCUCCAUCUUUGUGCGUGAGCCAGAGCGCAUUUUGCGCACCGGUGACAGGAUUCGCUUCACGCCCCACCACUGUGGGUCUCUGACGUCUGGAGAGCGUAACUCUCCCAGGGAUGCCCCAGACAGCGGCACUCCCCACGGCCGGUCACGCGGUGGAGGCGACAUGACCUCUGGGGCCUCACGGUACGGCUACUGGUAUGUCGACGACAGGCUGACGACGGAGGACAUGAUUUUAUCAUGGAUGCGCCGCGUCGGUGGUCGCGCUCGCGAGACCUGCGGCACGGACACCAAAUGGGUGCGCUUUCCUGAAGCCGUACUGCAGGUCCUGCUGCGCUUCGCGCAUGCGUGCCGCCAGCAGUCAGGCGGUGGCUGGCUCACUACGGGAUAUGCACUACAUCCUCUGCACUCGGCCGACGAGGAGCUGGUGGAGCCGGACCUUCUGCAGAACUACCCGGACAUUUUGCGUACGCGCCGCUUCCGGCAGUGGCGCUUCUCCCACGACGGCUACGUAUACUUUCAUGGCGUCACCGUGCGCAUCCCGGGCUCUGCACCGCUGCCAUCGCAUCCUCCACCUGCGGCAGUCAUGGCCACCUCGGCGUACCGUGCAGGGACCCACAGCCGCGGCGAGAUGACCUCCGUUACUUCUGGCGGGCCCCGUUUAGGCUUAGCUGUCGUGCCAAGCGUAGGUGUCGUUUUCGAUCCUCCUCCUCCUCCUCAGCAGCAGCAGCAGCCAACGAUGCAGCACUGUAGCCCCGUGACGCAGUACGGUUAUAAGCCUCUGCUGUCAGCGAUAAUGCCACAAGGCAGUAAUGGGGGAGGCAGUGGCGGGCAGUACAGCGCCGACACCGCCCUCGGUGGGCCCGUAUACCAUCCAAAUCAGAUAAUAUACCCCAUCAUGAGUGGCAGCACCAACGGCAGUGGUAGCGUGCCUAAGGCGCAUUAUAGCCCCUCCAUGGCGCCUCAGCAGUAUCCACCGCAACAGCUUCCACCGAAAGAGCAGUACGUAAGCGACGCUUCUAUUCAUCACACCACGCAGCAGCAACAGACUAUGCCCCAGCCACCGCCGCAGCAGGAUCGAGGACCGGGAUACGGCCUCUACUGCGACGGUGCUGGGUCCGAUCCCCACUACGCACCCACUGGCCGCUCUUCUAUGGUGUGUUGCAGUGCACAGGAAGCAAUGGCAAACAGGCACUACGGCGCUUCCUCGUCGAGCGCGGCCGAGGGCGCGGGCAGGGCAGGGCCUGUGACCCCCAAUACAGUGAAUUCGCAUUGCUUCAAGGACGCUACUUUUUUUCAGCGCAACGCUGCUGCCACCAGAAGCGGUAGCAACCACCAGCCGGAGUACUACCCCAGAGGCGACCGCGACUAUCGUGCUGAUGGGGUAGGCUUCAGCGAAGGAAUUCCCAGCGUUGAGGCAGGGUUCUUCGUCGAUCAUCCCAGCAGCACAUUUUUCCAGUCCUCGGACACAGCACACUCUGCCGCCACAGUGAUGGGACAGGCUCACGUGACGAGUAGCUUCUACGAGGAUAUCUACGACCCUUCUGCACCGCAGCUACCUCACACGCCCCAGCAACAGCAACAGCAGCAUGAGCAGUAUCGUUUUCAGACGGCUUCGCCAUCUAGUCUGAGCGAACCGGCCAGCGGUCGUGCGAGUGGGUCGUGGAGCACCGACAAGGUGCUUCUAUCGUACGGAUCACCGCCGAACGUGGCUGGUGGCAUGCCUUCUGGGCAAGAAGCACUGAGUCCGUCGACGGCAGCUGCAGGCUGUGGGCGGAGCCAGAUGGAAACAGCCAGGUCGCCUUCAGUGCCCUCUAUGAUGCAUGUGACCAGCGUCAACCAGCCACACGAAUACCACCCCCAACAGCAGCCUCUCACUUUGAUGCAUCCAUCGCCGUCUGUUCCAGCUCCUCCUCCUCCUCCGCAGCAGCAACCGAUGAGCUACUCCUUCCACGGGGAAAGGGACAGACUGAGCUACGCGGCGGAGCGGCGCACAACAGCCGAUUACCCACCCCGCCGGAGUUCCACCACGAUUCUUGCAACCACAGCCAUGAUUGCAUCAGCGGUAAAGCCAACGCUGCGGAGAUUGAGUGUCCAUACACUGCGAGGUACACACUCGACUGGAGGCCACCGCGCUCUGCCAGUAGCGUCUUUUGCACCUGAUGUUGUCGAUCCCUCGCCUGUUAACUCCGGUGGCGGCGGCAACACGCGUCCGGCGAUCAUGCCCAAGGACCGCACCACCGCAAGCGUCGACAGUGGAGCCGAGAUUCCGAGCGACUGCAGUGAGUCCACUUGGCCGGUGCGAGCGCGUACGGCGCCCGUCUAUCACCCAGAUGUGUCGUUCAACACGCCGCAGACGUGUCACAACACACAGCGAGUGUACCGAAAUCUUCACCCCCACCAGCAGCCACAGCCAGCACAGGCACCCCCUCCGCGUUCGCCUCAUCUGUCAUCCGGGCCUGGUUCGCUCCGCGAGACCGUCACCGCAGAGGUGAUUGAGGCUAACAGCAUCACCGUGCGUGUGAUGCAGCGCAAGCCAUUAAUGGCUCGCCAGUCGUCGUACAACGGGGUUGCCGGUGGUGCGGCGGCGUGUUGUUAUAGGACCGACUGGGUCGCCCUGGGUAACACUGCCAACGUUCCUGGUUGCGACGGUGGCGCUCCAGGCGUCUGCUCGCCGUCGCCGAUGGGCUAUGGUGCGACCGGUGUUUCACCCUCUGGUGGACUUGAAGAUAUGCGAGGGGAAGCUAACUUCAUCCACCGCAAGACCGGCGGCGUUUUAACUAACGACGGCCGGACUGCGCUGGAGCAGCGACCAUAUGGGAUGCCCCAAAUACCGACCCCGACUACAGGGCAGCAAGUGACCCCUGGGUGUAACACAGCUGGUGCCUCUGCAGCCCCCCAGCCGCAGCGUCAGAGCAGCGGGAUUGGAUCAUUACCCCCGCAGCGGGGGAGUCAGCGUGUCUCACACAAUCCAUACUCAAAUGCCCGCUCCCUGUCUGCCACACCGCUGCCGGCCGCUGCGGUGUCCUCAGCCCACUCGCAGAGUGGCGCUAGUGGCGGUAGGCUCGGCAGCAGCGGACUGCACGACUCCUUGACAGACGCGCUCGACAACCGCUACGGCAGCGUGGGCGACUUUAACGCCAGUGCUUCAGCCUCUCCAGCCAGCCUUGCGCACAACGCCAACGGUAUGACGCACGAUCCGUACUACUCGCGAGGUGCAGGCGACCCGGCGGGAUUCAGGGGCAGCCCGGCAACUUCUCAGCGACAAAGCCGUUACCUAUCGCAACACACCACAGGUGAUGUGGUCGACUUCUCCUGCACGGAUCAACUGCAAGAAGGGCAAUAUGAGUCGUACGCGUCCUUCUAUGAAACGGCUGUGGAUGUGCAGACGUCUCCACACUACUCCGAUUUUUACCAAAACGCUGCCGCUGAUGGCACAACGCAGGGCUUCUUCUUUUCCAUGGGCGACUACGGCGACUCUGGAGACCCUGCAGAGCAGCUGUAUGGCGGUAGCCCCAACUACCACUAUCAAGGCACCCUCCAGGGCCAUCCACUGCAGCCUCCAGCGCAGCCGGAUAAGGGAGCCGGGCGCGGAGGCAGCGCCUACGGUAGCUCACAUGCGCCUACUCGCAGCAUUCAUCACCACCAACCGCCGCAGCGCAACAUGAGUGGCGGCAGUGCGUAUCAUGGUGGCGUGUACGAGGACGGUACUCCGGCGAGUGCGCUUCCGUAUUCUCCGCCGUUUCAGUAG